UUAGGUUCAUUCAAAAAUAUAUCGUUUACUCCCUUUUUUGGCUUAUCCCUUUUUGGCCUCAUUAUUUUGAGUCUAUUGUUUAAAGCUUUCGAUUUUUUCACACAAAUCACAGAGACUCUGGGUUCAAUCAGGAAUAUCAUUUAUCCCUUUUUUUGGCGAAAUCAAAUUUUUUUCUUUCCCCAUUUCUACCUAUUUUUGUAAAUUAUAUUAAAAGGAGCUUAAUAAAUUUAAAAAUAAAGGGAAAUAAAUAAAUUUUUCCAUUAUUAAUAAUAAAAUAGGGGGAAACGUUUCUUUUUUGUUUCUGAAAAAAAUGCUUCCUUUAAAAAUCUGUUGUUUUCUUAUAUUUUAGGCUCUAUUUUAUCUCAUCAUUUUUAUUUAUCUUUCUUUACUAAUUUUUUUUUUCUUUUAUUAUUUUUUAUAUAUAAUUUAAUUAAGUACUGGCAUUUACUUUUUUUUUAUUUGGGUGUGAAUAUAGUAGAAUAAUAAAAUUAUUAUUUUUUUGUUGUGUGUUUUAUGCGCAUAUUAAUAUGGGGCCAUUUUUGGAAGUAAAAUUAUAAUUUUUUAAAUAUUAUAGAAGUGAAAUCAUUUUAAAUGAAAUCAGUUUUUUGUUUACUGAGGGAAAGAAAAAGGAUAUGAAUUUUUGGGAGAAAUUGGGGUAGGGAGGGGGCUGCGAGGAUAUUUUAAAUGGAUAUGUUAAAUUGGCUAAGAUAUGUGUGUGGUAAGGUUGGCGGCUCCAGAUAUCCGGGACCGAAAAAAGACUGGAUAUCCGGAAAUUUUCGGUUCUGAUAUCGGUUCCAGUUCCGAAUAUUCGGAACAGCCAAUUCAGAACAGCCAGUCCCAGGAACAGCCAACCUUAUUUGUUAGUGUGAGGAAAAUGGUGGAAACUAGGAACAUCCAUGUCUCUCGGUCUUUAGUCUUGAAUUUUGACUCUUUUGUGGGGUUUUCGGUCUUGAGUCUUGAAAUAUUUGUCUUGGAUAUUUCUAGUGGGUAUUCUUUAUAUUUUUUAAAUUAUCGGGAUAUGUGUGGGGGAUAUUUGAAGAUUACUAUGAAAUAUAUUUUUCGCAAAUGUCAUUUUAAUUUUGUGGGAAGAAAGCGCGCAAAAGUCAUCAUCAAGAGAGAUGGUUUGCCAAUACAUUAA